AACGCUUUUUACUACGAGCAGCAACAGCAGCAGCGGCAGAGACACAGAGAAAGAGGGAGAGAGACACACACACGCGUGACAACACAAAACUGUGGUAAAAGUAUUUCUUUCUUCUGAGGACAGAGAGUGACAGGAAUUCACUGUUUAACGCGGAAGCCUUUAAAGUUUCGAGACACUAGAAAGAAAGAAAGGGACAAGCUGCUCGUGGAGGAGACAGAGAGACAGACAGAGAGAGACAUUUUGAAUCUUCUGUGGAGGAGUUUUCUUGUGCGCGUGUGGGAAAAUGUGAAGAAGGAGCCGCAGUCACGUCGAACAAGUUUGUCAAUGUAGGACAAAAACGAUGAGGAGAGUGUGAGUUGUCCACGCAGACAAACCUGCGUGUAUUUGUGUUAGUGUUGAGCUCGGGAGUGUGAGACACAGCAGUGAGAAAUCAUCCACGGCGUCUUGUUGUUGCUGCUGCUGCUGCUGCUGUCUGGUGUGUGACACUCACAUCACUCAGUGCCGUGAAUGGAAAUUGUCCCACGGAAGCCUCGGAGGACUGAGAUGCUUUUCAUUUUUCAGUGCUCGGCUCAGAUCGUGUGUCAGUGUGAAGCGACUGCUCUUGCCUGAAUGUGGAGGAAGCAGUGAAGGCUCUUCUCUAGCCCUCCCUGCAGCUUUCGGGGGAGUAAUUCAGAUGUGUACCCAGCACUCAAAGCCCCUGGCCUGGCUGCGGGGAUGGCAGCCUCUGCCCUGAACCUGAACAGCCUUGGAGUCAUGAACAGCAGCAGUAAUCAGUUCCACACCCCACCGGGCUCCUCUAGCACCACCACCAGAACUAGAACCAACUCCGCUGUCCGACCUGUGCUACCGGUGCCAGAUCGGAGCACCUACUGCCAGUUACUGGGUGGAGGUCUUUACAGCCCAACCAGCCCCAAGACGAGUCCAACAUCUGUUGGUCAAACCUUUGUGUUCCCCCCUUCGUCCUUGCUCUGCCCAAGCCCCGCCCCUCGCACUCGCUCCCCCUCCCCUUCCCCACGAAGCCCGGAGCUCCUAGGAGUCAAUGUGGGUCAGCGGGUCAGACGUUUGAGCUCGCCCAGUGGCGAAGACAGCGGGGAAGGAGACAGCCAGGAGGAGAGGGGAGGAGAGACAGGGGAGGGGUGGAGGCGAGAUGAGAGGAGACGCCAGGCGCAGCUGCUGCAGAUUCACAGGGAGCUGCAGAACGUCGAGGUCAGAGGAAAAGUUGGUAUUUUUGAGGCUCACAUUUCCGGGAUUCGUGCCCAGGUGCUUAACAGCGAGAUCCAACGCAGCCCCCGAUCUCCAAGACGAUCAAUAAACCAAAACCCUUCGCAUCCCAGCCAAGAGAAAACAGCUCUUACAUGCUUAAUGACCCAACCACAGCAGAGCCAAGUUCCCUCCGUUUUCCAAAAUGGGAGAGACGGGACAGAAAUAACAUUACUAGAGAGGACAAACGGAGGAAGGAGUGAAGGCGAGGAGGACAGCAGCGCCGCUUCAAUGAACUCGGAGAAUAAGACUCUGGUCGGUCAAAAUGGCAGCCAUUCAGAAACGGCAAUGCAAAGUCUGUGUUUAGACGGGACGUUUGUUGUCCAGGGUUCCCUCGACAAGUCAGAUGCAAAUGUGAAAACAGACAGGGAGAAAAACGAGGGCGAAAAGCUGAGGGAGAAGGAGGGAGGAAGAGACAGAUGGGAGACUGAAAACAAACAGAUUCUGGGAGGCAAAAAAAAUUGGACAGAGAGCGAGGUGAAAGAGGAGAAAGAGAACCAGCUGUGCUCCCAGAUACUCCAGAUAGAGGAGAUCAGGUUGGAGGCAAACACAGAAACACCUGCCAUGUGUCACACACAGAACAGUGAGAGCUCCCAGUGUUUGCUGGACGUGACCGAUCAGACCUCCAACCAUUGUCCCUCCAUCCCUUCAGUCAUAAUAACUGAUCAUGGACAGGACAGUCAGCUUCAGACUUCUGAAGGCCUUGGCUCAGACCAGGGGCUAUACUGCAUUCCUAGCCCCGGCUCCAGUCCUGUCACUGGGCCUAACUCGUCCUUGCGCUCCCUCAGGAAGCUGUCGUCGUCCUCCGCCUCAUCGGCCGGUUUCUCCUCGUCUUGGGAAGAGUCGGAGGAGGAUAUUUCCAGUGAUACCGAGAAAGGGGAGCAGCUUCUCAACCCUGGGCUCCUCAGUUCUCAGCAGAAAGCACACAAGUCUUGGAAGAAGAUUAAGAACAUGGUCCACUGGUCUCCGUUUGUCAUGUCCUUCAAGAAGAAAUAUCCUUGGAUACAACUGGCCGGGCACGCAGGCAUCUUCAAGGCAGGAGCCAAUGGCCGCAUUUUAAAAAAACACUGUGACUGCGAGCAGCGCUGCUUGUCCCUUCUGAUGAGGGAUGUGCUGCGUCCGUAUGUCCCGGGUUACCAUGGAGACGUGGAGAAGGACGGCCAAAAGUACAACCAGAUGGAGGAUCUGCUGGCCGAGUUUGACUUUCCGUGUGUGAUGGACUGUAAGAUGGGAGUGAGAACAUAUCUGGAGGAGGAGCUGACCAAGGCUCGUAAGAAGCCCUCUCCAAGACCUGACAUGUACCAGAAAAUGGUGGAGGUUGAUCCCGAGGCGCCUUCAUCAGAGGAGAACGAGCAGAAGGCGGUGACCAAACCUCGAUACAUGCAGUGGAGGGAAACCAUAAGCUCAACAGCCACGCUGGGAUUUAGGAUAGAAGGAGUCAAGAAGGAGGAUGGGUCAGUGAACAGAGAUUUUAAGAAGACAAAGACAAGAGAGCAAGUUACUUUGGCUUUUGAUGACUUUGUUAAAGGAAAUAAGGACACACUGAAUAAUUAUUUAAGCAGGCUGAAGGAAAUUAGAGACACUCUGGAGAUCUCCCCAUUCUUCAAAACCCACGAGGUGAUCGGCAGCUCCUUGUUAUUCGUGCAUGACAGUAAGGGAAGAGCCAAAGUCUGGAUGAUUGACUUUGGGAAAACCACGCCUCUCUCUGAGGGCAACGAACUAAACCACAGAGCAUUAUGGGUAGAGGGCAACAGAGAGGACGGCUACCUGUUUGGACUUGAUAGUAUGGUGGACAUAAUCUCAUCCAUGUUGAACUCUGAGACAUAAACGUCAAAGGUGGCUUAUGUGAAUAUCUGGACUCACUUCCAUUCAUUCGUCAUUUCUCUGGGGAACACUUUAGGAUUUCCACAAGGGUUUUUUUUUUUCAACUCAUUUGUAAUUUCCCGCAACAAUGUGUGAUUGAUUCAUUGACGGAUGCAGUCUAUUUAAAUCCAGAGGAAUUGUGUGCUAUUCUUCUUCUUCUUCUUCCCCCCAUUCAUAACCCUCUUGUUUUCCUAAACCCGCGGACAUUUGAACAAUGACACGGUGCACAAUAUCAUUCAUGUGACUAAUGUAGUUGGAGUCGAGCUUCCUCUGCUAAGACGUGACAUAAUGCCUGCUCAGAAAAGAGCAUGAAAAACUCAACUUAAAACGACAUAUUUUUGUUACUGUGACGAAAUCCCAUUAAUCUAUCAAAUCCGUUAAGACUUACCCAGUCUUUGGGUCCAAGUAGACACGUUCCUUAUUUUUGAACAUGAAUUUAAAAUGCAGUGUUUAGCAAACUGUGCUCUGACAGUACAACAUAGAUAUUUAGGUAGUAAUUAGUUGGAUUUGCAACAGGGAGAAUUUUAAACUUAAAUGAGGAGUCAACAGAAGUAGAAUCAACUCCUUGUUGGUUUCAGUUUCUUAAUGGGAUUGGUUGACAACAUGGAAAAUAUUGAAAGAACUAUGUGGUGUGGAAAUUUUAAAACCCUGUCAUUGUUGGCACCCUCACAUGGAAACACUGUAAAGGUUUUGCUUCGUAAAUAAGAAAAAAUGGUGCCGUCAGAAUUUGGGAUCCUGGUUUUAGAUGCAUAGAAAUGAUAUGCAUAGUGAUUUUAAGUCUGCAGAACUCCCUCUGAAUUUGAAUACCAAUCCACUGGGAUCCAACUGCGGUUGAUUUAAAUAACUGAGUUCAAUUGAUUUUUUGAUUAGACACAUUUGUCUGGACCACAUCUUCAGCAUUUUGCCCAUGUUUUAAAUAAUCUGCAAUCAAUUACAGCGGAGACUACUGUCACAUGUGUUUUUCCUCAUGAGAGCAUGAUUUAAAUACACAUGAUGUUUUUUUUUUUGUUUAUUUUUUUAUAUCAUUUUAAUCAGUUUCAGUCCAAACCACAGGCCGAGUUAAGAAGCAGGGUGUUGAUCUUUUUCCUUUAGCAGCCUGUGAGUGCAUCUGUAAGAAGUUAUAAACUGUAAGUUUGUACGGGAAGUUGUUUCACAUUUGCAACCGACAUGGUGACAUGUGUGGACACACACACACACACACACACACGAGUUGGGAUUGUUCACAGUGUACAGUAAGAUUUAUUAUGUUAGAUGUUGUUGUUUUUUUAACAUGUAACAUUACUUUAGUCAAACUCUGUGGAACACUUACAGCCAUGAACAAUUGUAUUUAAGCUAUACAGUGCCUUGACCUUACGAAGCCAAGUCAGACAACUUCAAAUAUGUUAAUAGACAUUAUUGUAAUGACGGACUUCUCUCUUAGUCUUAAUAACUGUCAGUGUAGACUUACAUGGGUGCAUGUUUAUUUUCUUCAUAAAGUUUGGGCUUGUAUGUUUUUGUUUUUUUCUUCCGUUCAUACUGUUUUUAUUUAUAACAUUAUAUUAUGUUUUGUUGGUUUUAGUUAAUGGGAUACUGUGACAUUUUCAAUCCUGGGCUGUUAUGCUAUUGUUGUUUUUUUUGUCUUAAAGCAUGUUUUACAGUACGAGUCAAAGUCAAACUAUGAGGCAGGUGGCCGACCCUGUGGUUAACCUACAUUCAAACCAUUGGAUGUGGCUGUUGACGAGAUUGAUGUUGUCCAUUUAUUACAAUGGGGGCGAUGCAAACAGGCGUCUGGAGAGUGGUUGAGCUGAUAAAUGAGGAUUAUUACAGGUUGUUGAACAGAAGAGUUGACAUUUGCAGUGACGGUUGACGGAGGGAACGAUUGUUAGCCCAUGCAAUGCCAAAGAAAUAGUUUUGGCAAAUGCACUUAUUGGCACUUAUUGAGAAAAAAGAUUGAUUUGAGCCUUGUACAGAAAAUGUGCAGUCGCUGACAGUGCAGUAAGCAGAAUUUCCUUUGUUUGCACAGCCAGACUCACUGUCUUUCCCUUCUUGGUGUAAAGCUAAGCAAACUAGUGCUGUCACGUUUCUAAAUCAACCAAUUCCAAAAUCUCUAACCGUUCCUUUUAUGAGAAAUCACCAUGUGCUCUCCACUGCACACUCGUUUCUGUGAGUCGUUUCAGUCGGUUUCAUAUUUUUCUUACUUUAUAUACAACACUCUAGUCUAUUAGGGUUGUAACGAUUCUCCAACUCCAUAGUUUAGUUUAAGUUUAUUACAACUUUAUUGUAUCACAAGAGUUAUGAAAUAUUCAACUUCUCCCAAACUUGGGACAGAAUUAGAACUUUCUAAUUUAAGUGUGUUUAUUAUGUUAGUUGAAUUUUUGUAUAUCGGACAUAUAAUAAGAUCUCAACAGGCUGCGGCUACAUCAGUGGUGGAGGGUUGGUGUUUUCUGCCGUUGCUGACGGUCAUAUGAUGGUUUUGGUCUUUGUCGCAGAGUCGUUACAGCCCUAAUAAAUCAUUUCUCUUUGUAAUUUUAAAUGGGAACAAGCAGCAAGCGCUUGUUAUUCCAAAAGGACAAGGCAUGAGAAUGAAUGCGUUGUCAUGUUUCGUGAAACUUUGUAUUCAAACCCCUGAAGUCAACAUUUCACAGUGCCACGUGGAAAUGCCUUUUGUUUGCUGUAAGUGUGGUAGUACGAGUUUGCUUCUGGUAGCUGUUCGGUUGGGUUCUUACACUUCAACCAACAAGCACAUGAAAAGUUAUCAGCAGGAUUUGAACAUGCAGAGGGAGACCCGCUCCCCCCGAUGUAUUUUCUAUUUCCAGGCUGAUGGGACCGUCUCACGUGUGUGUAAAACAUUUCCAGCCCAAAAGUAGAGGCAUGCAGUCCUUUACUGAGACACAUCGAAAGGUUAGAGUGUGUCGAAAAAAAUGUGCUUUUUGCAACACUGUUCACCAGAAAGUCAAUAAAGCAUCCUGAAUUGACAAGAAACAGAAA